AUGAAUCAAAGUACGGUAGUGGAAGAACUAUAUCAAAAUCUAUCCGUGCUAAAUUAUAAUGGGACACACGAAGAAUUGGCCUCUGUGAAAUUAUUCCACAACUACCCAGACGGUCUAAUAACCUUCGCAGGUGUAUGCUGUGUUCUCUUUAUGUGUAUUGGAAUACCAGGAAACCUCAUUACAAUCAUCGCGCUGGCACGAUAUGAAAAAGUUCGCAAUGCAACAGCAAUAUCAAUUAUGAACCUCUCAUGUUCAGAUCUACUAUUUUGCUGCUUUAAUCUACCUCUAGCUGCGUCAACUUUCUUCCGACGGUCAUGGGUACACGGUCGCAUCCUCUGUCGUAUGUUUCCAUACGCACGGUAUUCGCUCGUCGCUGUUUCAUUAUUCACCGUGCUGACGAUCACGCUCAAUAGAUACGUAAUAAUCUCACACCCAAAACUCUACCCUAAAUUGUACAAACGGCGAUAUUUAGCAAUGAUGCUGCUCUGUACGUGGAUCUUCCCUUUUGGAUCGCUAAUACCAACCUGGUUUGGAAAAUGGGGCCGUUUCGGAUUAGACACUCAUGUGGGGUCAUGCAGUAUACUACCAGAUGAUCACGACAGAUCCCCAAAAAGAACCCUGUUUUUGGUUGCGUUCACCUUACCUCUUCUAGCAAUAAUUAUUUGUUACGCACGAAUUUUUUAUAUAGUAAAGAAAGCGACACGUGCGUCUGGGACUGUUGUUAUACGUAGAACAAUAAAAUUAGGACAAGAAGAUUCGUCGUCAGUAACAGAUAGACUAUCCAAAACAGAACCUUCAAGUAAUUAUGUACUAGCUAGGAAAGAAGAAUCAACAACAUCACAACAUAAUUUAAGCAAUACACCAGCAGAUUCUAUGCAAAGUGUCAGAUUUGAAGCGAAUACUAAAAAGAAAAACAAUUUUAAUGGUCUACGGUCAACUAGUAAUAAGUCCCCAGCUAGUUUUCGAAGGACCGUUCUUAGGAAAUCUUUAGCACUAGUAAAAUUUUCGAUUCCUACAAGGAAAGACAGGAAGCUAGGCACAAUGAUAAUGGCAAUAAUGAUUUCUUUCUGUAUGUGUCAUUUACCAAUUACAGUAACGAAAUUGCUUCAUGACUACACAUCGCAUCCGGUAGCAAACAUUGCUGGCUAUAUUCUCCUUUAUAUGUCCACGUGCAUAAAUCCAGUCAUAUAUGUUGUAAUGUCCAGUGAAUAUAGACAAGCGUACAGAAAUCUGUGGAAGUGUCGAUGA